AUGGAUCCCUAUUCCGCAGAAGGUGAAUUGAUCAACAUUCACAACCAUUUCCACCAGGGCCAAUACCAGGAAGUGGUCGAUUUCGAUACCUCGUCCUUCUCUGCCGACAAUGCUCUCCCCGCGCGCGUCCUAGUCCUGCGGGCUCGCAUCGCACUCGGCCAAGCCGAGGAUGUCCUCGCAGAGAUCAAGGGCGAAACGGUGCCGGAUCUUGAAGUCGUGGGUGCCUACGCCGAAUAUAGUCUGGGAAACACCAAUGCUGCGCUGGCGACCGUGGAGAGGCUGGCCUCAGCGGCGGCUGACAAUGUCACGGUCCAAGUUAUAGGCGGGACUGUCCUGCAGGCUGCUGGCAAGUCGGAGGAGGCCGUCGCCCUGUUGUCACAACACCAAGGAAGCCUGGAGGCUGUCGCCUUGAUUGUCCAGAUCCAUCUUCAGCACAAUCGAACCGACCUCGCGAUCAAGGAAGUUACCGCCGCCAGAAGAUGGGCACAAGACAGCUUGUUGGUGAAUCUUGCCGAGUCCUGGGUUGGACUGAGAGUGGGCGGUGAGAAGUACCAGCAAGCAUUCUACGUCUACGAGGAGCUCGCCCAAGCUCCCUCAACGACUUCGAUACGGAGUCUCGUCUCACAGGCCGUCUGCGAACUACAUCUCGGUCGCUUGGAGGAAGCACAAGUCGCGCUGGAGCAGGCCUUGAAGAAGGACCCGGAGUACAUUGAAGCCAUUGCGAAUAUGCUGGUUUUGACUGUAAUUUCCGGCAGAGAUGCAUCCGAGUAUGCUGCGUCACUCAAAAAGGCCGACCCCAAUCAUGCAUUGCUGGUUGAUUUGGAGGGAAAAAGCGCCUUGUUCGACCAGGCGGCAACCAAGUAUCGCGCAAAGGUGUCUUCGUAG